AUGGCUGAUCCGAGGGAUGUUGAGUAUGAAGAGGAAGAAGCAACCAUCGACGAACAACUCCUCCUUGCCAUAACACGCGGCUCGAUUGGCACCUUCAACGAAGUCUUGGAACGGUUCGAUAGUUCAGCAGCUGCUGUGGAAUAUCUGAACACACAUCCUUUGGGAUUUUUUGAUGGGCUAAAAAGAUUUGGGGUAGAGGCUAAAAACGUAGCUGCUCAUGUUGCUGCAUCACUUGGACAACACAGGAUCAUGGACGAGCUUCUCGAGCAGGAAGGGUUUGAAUGCGACCCCAUCAACAGCAAUGGUGAGACACCUCUCCACUGUGCCGUCAAAUGGAUCAACAGAGAAGGUCGAAUCAACAGAAUGGGAAGAAAUGUCUGGGAAGAUGGUCUUGAAAUGGUCAAGAUGAUGCUUCGCGAUGGCAGCGACCCUCGAAUCCGCGACAAUGAUGGUUAUAGAGCCGAGGAUAUGGUCAAUCCCGAUAACAUCGAACUAAAAAGAGUUUUUGCAGAUUUCGAUUAUGAUUUCGGGACGGAUGGAGAUGAGGGAGAAGAGGCUGCUCCUGAGAAGAACGGAUUGGAUCCUGAUUUGGUGAAUGGUGACGAAGAGGAUGUUAGGAGUGUGUAUAGUGGAAGUGAUAGUGAAGAGGAAGCGGAGUGGAAGAGACGCGUUGCUGAGAAGUCAGGAAAAUCUGCUUAG